UAUCACUCCGGAAUACAGGUUGGCAGACGACGGAAGCAGAGAGAUAAUGAAAAGUUUAUUUUCUUACAAGAAGAUAAUAUUUGGGCGAUCGUUAUAUUUGAUUCUAAUAUUCUUGAGCUCACAUCUACGAGCUGAUGAAGGCAAAACGCCACGGAACAUUGAUAUGUCGAAAUAUAGAGAGAGGGUAGUACAGAUGUUCCAGCAUGCAUAUGACAGCUACUUGAAAUAUGCUUAUCCAUAUGAUGAACUCCGCCCACUUUCUUGUGAUGGACAGGAUACAUGGGGAAGCUACUCACUGACUCUAGUGGAUGCCCUUGACACCCUCAUCAUUAUGGGUAACCAUAGUGAGUUCCGCCGCAUAGCCCAGAUGCUUAUAGAUAAAUCUGAAGAUUUCUUUGAUAUGGACAUCAAUGCUUCAGUUUUUGAAACCAAUAUCAGAGUUGUAGGAGGUUUGAUCUCAGCCCACCUGUUGAGCCACAAAGCUGACAUGGUCCUGGAACCAGGCUGGCCCUGCUCAGGGCCACUACUCAGGAUGGCUGAAGUCAUUGCCAGGAAACUCCUGCCAGCUUUUGACACACCUACGGGGAUGCCAUAUGGCACUGUCAACCUUCGUAAUGGUGUUCCCAAAGGGGAGACAACUGUUACUUGUACAGCAGGUGUGGGCACAUUCCUUGUAGAGUUUGGUGCACUUAGCCGGCUGACAGGGGAUCCUAUUUUUGAGAAAGUAGCCAUGCGGGCACUCAGGACAUUAUGGGAUAUCAGAUCACAAAUUGGAAUGGUGGGUAACCAUGUUGAUGUUGGUGAGGGAAAAUGGACAGCAAUUGACUCUGGUAUUGGUGGAGGGAUAGACUCAUACUUCGAGUACCUGGCCAAGGGAGCUGUUAUGUUCCAGAUCCCAGAACUUCUCGAAAUGUUCAAAGAGUAUGAAGCAACUGUGGAGAAGUAUGUGAAAAGGGAUGAUUGGUACAUGUGGGCCAACAUGAAGAAAGGGGGGAUAACUCUACCAGUCUUCACAUCACUGGAUUGCUACUGGCCAGGUGUACAGGGAAUGAUGGGUAGUGUAGAGAAGGGCAUGAAGACACUACACAACUACCACCAGGUGUGGAAGCAGUUUGGUUUCACCCCGGAGUAUUACAACAUCCCCAAGUCUGAGGUGCACCAGGGCAGGGAGGGAUACCCCCUCAGGCCAGAGUUGGUAGAGAGUGCCAUGUACUUGUAUCAGGCUACGAGAGACCCCUACAUCCUGGAGAUUGGCAUUGACAUCUUGGAGGCCAUAGAACACAGUUCCAGGACACCAUGUGGAUAUGCUACUGUUAAAGAUGUACGCAACCAUCGCCUCGAAGACAGGAUGGAAUCUUUCUUCCUAGCAGAGACCACCAAGUACCUGUAUCUGCUGUUUGACGAAGACAACUUCAUACACAACCAAGGCAACCAUGGUAAAGUCAUCAAGACACCCAGUGGUGAAUGUGUCAUAGACACUGGUGGCUACGUCUUUAACACAGAGGCUCAUCCUAUGGAUGUCGCUGCCAUACACUGCUGCAGUGCCCAGAAGGCAGCAGAGGAUGCGGAACUGCAGGAAUUCCAUGAUAAGCUCAACCUCCUUGAACUGUUCGAUAUCACCGAAGUUAAGGAGAGUCUUAUUGAAGGGAAAAAGUUGAAAAAAAAGGUGAAAGUUGUACCUAAAGAAAAGGUUGAAACAGUGAAAGUUGUGGUGGAAGCUGACUCGAAUGAUGAGGAAGUUGAAGAUGCCAAGGAGGUAGUUUCAACUGUUUCAUCACAAGUUGCUGAUGAUGGUCGUGUGAAUGUCAAGGUGACCUAUAAGACUGUUGACACGUCAGAUCACAAAGAUAAAUCUGUGGAGAAUAAUCACAAUGAGAGCUCUGAGAUUGCUCCGACUGUACCUGAAGUAAGUAGCAAGUCCAAGUCGGAGAACCCAAAAAGGGAAAACAUGUUAAAACUUGAAGAAAAGACUACAUAUAUCGAUCGGAAGAAACAUUCUUUACAUCUUGCUGCAAAGCUGUUGGAGAUAUUUACUGGUUUAACAGGAGCUAGUGAUAAAAAUAUAUCUGAACACCCUAACAUUAAUCAUCUUUACAGAGAACUUAAGGACUAUGAGUUGAACUACACGUAUGUUCCUAGCAUGAUGAAGUGUCAAGCUUUGCCUUUCCACAUGCGUUUGUCAGUUAUGGGUGAAAUGUUUGAUGACAAUUAGAUCUAUGUUUUGUUUAUGGUUACAGCGCCUUGUGUAAUUUGUAAACUCUUUGUUUUACUUGGGGGCAUUUAUUCAUGGGAUUUUUAUAGAAGUGUAAGUGCAAGGAAACCUUUUGUAUUGCUUUUUGAAUGUAAACAGUGCCUUGUUUGCAGGUGAAGAGUUCUGGCCUUACAAGUUGCAAUGCAUAUAAAACCUUGACGUUACCAGGUGAAUACACUAUCUAAAAUAAUGCAAUCUUAAUUAGGCUAGUACAUCAAUGCAUGAGAAAAUAAUCCCUAUUCUGAUACUUAUGGAUGCCAUUUAAACAUCUAAAAAAUAAUACGUGUAGUUAAAAGGAGACAUUCACAUGUUAGGUCAUAAAAGUAUGUUGUCUCUCAAAAUCUACUCAUUAUGAAGACCACUAGUUUGAAUUGAACUACAUACUAGAUGGAUAUAUCUCAACCUUAGAUAUUCAGGUACCUAGAAAAAAUAUUGACUUGGUUCUUUUGUCAGGCACACAGCCCAGUAAUUAUUUAGUUAUUAUUUGACUCCUAUAGAAAGAUUCAUGAUGACUUGAAACGGCAUAAAUGUAUUUGGUUUUGAAUUGGAUAAUCUGAUCAUAUAACAUGUUUAACAGACAUGUUCAUGAUGUUGUAUGUAUAAACAAUUCCAUUGUGAGUUGCUACAGCUGCAAAGCUUAUGAAGAUGGCUAUGAUUUCAAUAUUCAUAAUCAUAAGUGAUUGUGAUAUUUAAUAAUGUUGAUGGUAUGUGCAAUUAAUGAGGUUAUUUUUUUCAAUCUAAUGGCUGUGUAAUAUUACAUGUUGCUUCAAUGGUACGACUGGAAACCAUUGAGUCUUGAGCAGAGUUUGGGAGUAGAAGACAUUUUCAGUUAUGUUCCUGGAAUUGACAGUCAAACAAGAGCUAUCUGUGAAAUGGUGUCCGUCUGUUGGUAGUGUACACAGAGGACGUCAAUUCAACAAUGCUACUGGGAUCCUCUGCUGGAAAAUAUAUGCUGUCGUAUUGCUAGGCUGAUCGGAACUUGCAUACUUUAAACUAACUAAGGACAUUUAUAUUGCUUAGAUGAUCAUAACUCACAAACCUUUAUAUGAUAACGGAAAGACUUACAAUAUCUGGAAUGCAAAAAUGAUUGUAACUCACAUAUAUUUUUUUUGACAUUUGUUAUGCAAUGAUCAGUUUUAUUGAAUGGGACCCAGAACUUGAAAUCAAAAUACAUAAAGCUUAUAAUGUUUAAGAGGAAUGAAAUUGAUAAAUGAAGCAAACCGUGCCAGUGAAUGACUGUGAUAACAUAUUUGUAUGCCAAUAUCAUGUUUCUUAACAAGAAAAGAAAGAAAUUCAGCAGUGUGUAUUGGACACUGUUACUCAUAGAAAGGGACACAGGUGGCCCAGUCCAGGGUGCUACAGUGUGCUGUGCAGAGGUGCAUCCCUUGGAUAUGCCAGAGACAUGAUAGAUAGAGGUUAUAAGUCUUAUAUGUCUAAGGUUUGACACAUUUGUGUUUGUGGGAAACACUUAAGUUUUUCCUUCCAAGGUGACUUGCCAUGAUCUAACUUCAUUACUGUUAAAACUGGCUAACUCACACACCGACUAGUUUUAGAAGGUUAAAGGGGUUACUGGAAACAUUGAAAGUUCUUAAUUCCAUUGAAGUCCUAACAUUAACAUAUGAUGAAUAUGACAUGGAUGCUUGGACUUAUAUACUUAAACAUAUGCUGAAUUACAGAUUGUGGUCAUUCAGAGAAUCAACAGGCUCUGACUUAUACUAAGUUCAUCAAUGUGUUCUGUUUCAAAACUAUAUUUUACACUUUGUAUGUUUUAUACAUCUUCAUAUGUAUAUACAAACUUUGGGUUGAGGGGAGAUAUUCUGUACUUGGGUGUAUUGUAUCUAGGCCAUGUAAUUUUGUCUUGUUGAUCAUUACAUAUUUUCUUAAUGAAAAGGUUGAAUAACCAAAGUUGAAUUUA